CAAAAGGACAGGGGCUUUAGAGUUGUCAUUUCAGAUUGGAGCAUCAUUACCCUGAGAUCAAGUCAACUCAUUUCAAUUGGAGAGGACAAAACCAACCAUUUCUCUUGGCUGUCUGAUUAGUAAAGACCAUCAAAAUGGCACACCAGUUUCCCACCCUUUCAACGGAGCAGAAGAAAGAGCUGCAUGAGAUUGCCCUGCGCAUCGUGUCCCCUGGGAAAGGAAUUUUGGCUGCAGAUGAGUCUGUGGGGAGCAUGGGGAAACGUCUCAACCAGAUCGGUGUUGAGAACACCGAGGAGAACCGACGUCAGUACCGCCAGGUUCUCUUCAGCGCUGAUGAUCGCAUCGACAGCUGCAUUGGCGGUGUCAUCUUCUUCCAUGAGACACUGUACCAGACCUCUGAUGAUGGCACACCCUUUGUCAAGAUGAUCAAGGACAAGGCCAUCACUGUAGGAAUUAAGGUUGACAAGGGUGUCGUGCCUUUGGCCGGAACAAAUGGGGAGACGACAUCACAAGGACUUGAUGGCCUAUCAGAGCGUUGUGCUCAGUACAAAAAGGAUGGGGCUGACUUUGCUAAGUGGCGUUGUGUGUUGAAGAUCAGCGAUAGCACCCCCUCUAACCUGGCCAUCAAAGAGAAUGCUAAUGUUCUUGCCCGCUACGCUAGCAUUUGUCAGCAGCAUGGUAUUGUGCCAAUUGUUGAGCCUGAAAUCUUGCCCGAUGGAGAUCAUGACCUUAAAUGUUCUCAGUUUGUCACAGAAAAGGUGCUGACAGCAGUAUACAAAGCAAUGUUUGAGCACCAUGUGUAUCUGGAAGGUACACUGCUGAAGCCCAACAUGGUAACUCCUGGCCAUAGCUGCCUCACCAAAUUCAGCCCUGAAGAGGUUGCCAUGGCCACAGUGACAGCCCUGCGUCGUACUGUUCCCCCUGCCGUCACAGGGAUUACUUUUCUGUCCGGUGGACAGAGUGAGGAAGAGGCCUCUGUCAACCUGAAUGCCAUCAAUAACUGUCCUCUAGUGAAGCCCUGGGCCCUCACCUUCUCUUUCGGCCGAGCCCUACAAGCAUCUGCCCUGAAGACCUGGCGCGGCCUGAAGGACAACGAGAGCGCAGCCACAGAGGAGUUCAUCAAGAGAGCAGAGGUCAACAGCCUGGCCUCCCAGGGGAAAUACACCGGUGGUGAAGAUGGCAGUGGAGGAGCUGCUCAAUCAAACUACAUUUCUCAUCAUGCAUACUGACCAAGCCUGCCAGUGACACACUUACAAUCCAAAUAGUUGGCCAAUAGACAACCUCACUGCCGUGAUCGUGACCAUGUUCUUGCAGCACAGGCUCAUAUGCCCCCCCAUAUCUUUAGAAGAAAUAUUAUUGACAAUAUUAUUGGUGUUGUGUUGAGUGGACUUGAAUCUGUUAGCACUUACUGAUCACUUCUACACAUAUUUUCCUAUAGGCCUAAGUAGUAUUCAGACAUGCAAAAAGAGACACGGAAGUUUCCAUGGCCGACAAACAAAUGAGCAGGUGUCUGAAACCAGGAACAGUGAAAUGAUAAUGGAGAGUUGCAUUAAACAGGUGUGAAAUUAAUUAAUAUUAUUGGACAUUGUAAGGGUAGCCUACAAAUCAUCACUCUCAGCACAGCAGUAGUACAACUAAAGAAACCAGUGGUGAGCUGUUUUAGGUUUAUGCUAUCUUUCAUAGUGCCAUAACCUCAGUAUACUAAUGGCUUCAGGUCCUGGUUUGAUGGGUAGCCUAGGCUAUGUUUGGCACAGGCCUCAAUGGAACUAUAGAUUUAUUGUGACUGCCAAUUUUUGGUUGUUGUUUGUUAAUUAAUUACACAUUAUUGU